CCAAAAAAAUGACAGAAAUGUCAAACGUCAAGGUUUGUUAUCCAUAUGUUGUUCAUAAUAUAAAUUAACGAGUGUUAAUUUCUUUUGAAUUAAUUCUCCUUAUCUACAAUGCCCACUUAUUUUUGUAUAUUUCCCGUAAAUUUUUGAGUAUUCUGUUUGGAACGAAAUUUUGGUUGUGUUACGGAAUUUGAAUAAAUCCAAAAAUGGAUAUUGCCAAAUCCAUAUUUAGUCACCGAGACCGUGAGGGUUACGUUGGAAAGGAAGACCACAACAAACGAGAAAUUGAAUUAGCCAUAUCAGAAGAUGAUGUAGAUGAUGAUUAUUACAUUGAGAACUUUGCUGAGGGUUUAAACAUGAACGAUUUGUUGACUCCUAGUCCCGGGGGGCCUUUUUCGGCCCUCACACCUAGCAUGUGGCCCCAGGACAUCAUGGCGAAGUUGACUGUAGUCCCGGAUGACCCCAAUUCCCAACCUGAAUACAGGUUUGACGAGUUCGGCUUUCGCGUUGAUGAAGAAGACGGCCCUGAACAAAGUUCCAAUAAGUUACUAGGAAUCCCGUUUGUGGAAGACCCACAAGAUAGACUCCACUGGGUUGCUCAUUUAGAAUUUUCCCACAAUAAGGAAGUUUCAGAUCUGACUUGGGAUAAAGUUGAAGUGCGCUUACCGAGGACUGAUAAAUUACGUUCAAUGGUGCGGGCUGGGAUUCCGCACUCCUUAAGACCCCAAAUGUGGAUGAGAAUGUCGGGGGGGAUGGAAAAGAAACAACAAUCUGAGUUAUGUUAUAAAGAUAUAGUUAAAAUGUCGAGCAACGAUUCUUUGAUGACGUCAAAGCAGAUUGAAAAAGACUUGUUACACAUAAUGCCUACCAAUGCGUGCUUUAGCCAUAUUAAUAGUACUGGUAUACCAAGAUUGAGGAGGAUACUCCGAGGAAUAGCGUGGCUGUAUCCAGACAUAGGAUAUUGUCAAGGAACUGGCGUUAUCGCCGCGUCUCUUCUUCUCCUCCUGGAGGAAGAAGACGCGUUUUGGAUUUUGGUGACAAUAGUGGAAGAUCUCUUACCUGCCUCUUACUACAGCUCAACUUUAUUAGGAAUCCAAGCAGACCAAAGAGUUUUGCGCACACUAAUAACCAACUACCUUGCCGACAUUGAUGAAACUUUAAAAAAUCAUGAUAUAGAAUUGUCGCUAAUCACCCUGCACUGGUUUUUAACGUUGUUUGCUAGUGCCGUUCACAUGAAAAUAUUGUUACGAAUCUGGGACCUAUUCUUUUUCGAAGGUUCCAUAGUUCUGUUUCAAAUAACGUUAAGUAUGUUAAGGAUGAGAGAACCGCAGCUGAAACAACUCGAAAAUUCUGCUCAAAUUUUUAACGCAUUGUCAGACAUCCCUGGCGAUAUUGACGACGUAGAGAAGUUGUUUGAAGUUUCUCAUCAACUAACAACCUCGUUAAACGAAGUCAUGAUCGAAACUUACAGAAGACGACAUUUAGCGUACUUGAUGGCGGAUCAAGGUGCUUUGGUUGGCAAUCCUGAAGCGGCGCCAAAUCUCCCUAAACAGCAUCUAGCAAGACGCCAAGUCAAAAAGAAUAAAUCCGUAAUUCAACUACUUUUAUUUAAUGAAAACACCGAAGACGACAUCAAGUGCAAAAAUAUCAAACAAACGGAGAUUUUAGUCGAUUUGAGGGAAGCCAUUCUUCAGAUUGCGCGACAUUUUCUUCAAGUAGAUCCUAAAUUAAACACCGAGAUUUCGUUGGUUGCUGAUUACUCAAUGGAGAGUCAUGCGGCUGAUCACGAUAACUAUAUUAAUGUUUCGAAAAAUCGAAAAAGGAGAGCGAAGGCUUUAUUAGAUUUUGAAAGACACGAUGACGAUGAACUUGGGUUUCGUAAAAACGACAUUAUUACGAUUAUAAGUCAGAAAGAUGAACAUUGUUGGAUUGGGGAACUUAAUGGGUUGAGAGGGUGGUUUCCAGCCAAAUUUGUAACGUUAUUGGAUGAAAGAAGCAAGCAGUAUAGUAGUGCAGGGGAUGAUAGUAUUUCAGAAACUGUAACUGAUCUCGUACGCGGCACUUUGUGCCCAGUAAUAAAACAAGUAUUAGAACAUGGAAUGAAAAGACCAAACUUCCUUGGAGGGCCUUGCCACCCGUGGCUCUUCAUUGAAGAAUCUGCAACGAAAGAGGUUGAAAAAGACUUUAAUUCAGUUUAUAGUAGGUUAGUAUUAUGUAAGACUUAUAGACUAGAUGAAGACGGAAAAGUGUUAACACCAGAAGAGUUGUUAUAUCGUUGUGUCCAAGCUGUUAAUUUGUCUCACGACAACGCUCAUGCUCAAAUGGAUGUGAAGUUGCGCUCGUUGAUUUGUAUGGGUUUAAACGAGCAAGUUUUGCAUUUAUGGCUCGAAGUGCUUUGUUCUUGUAGUGAGGUUGUGCAGAAAUGGUACCACCCGUGGUCGUUCGUGUAUAGUCCAGGCUGGGUGCAGAUAAAGUGCGACUUGCGAAUUCUCUCUCAGUUGUCUUUUAAUCUGAACCCUGACUGGGAGCUUCCAGUGAAAAAGGAGACGAACAACCAGCCGCUAAAAGAUGGCGUGAGAGAUAUGCUGGUCAAACAUCACCUGUUCAGUUGGGAUAUUUAAUUUGAACAUUCCUAACUGUAAAUGUUCUGUCCAUACAAAUGCCUUCAUUCAGUUUUCGUCAUAGCUUUAAUUAGGUUGGGUGGAGAGUUGCACCAUUUUUGUCACACAGAUAGCGAAUAAGUGGAUGACAAUAACGCCCAACUAUAGGUUCCAUAUAAAUUAUUUUUCUAAAUAAUAAAACCAACUUAUUUGUUAGUGCAAUGUCUGACGAUGUACACAAAUAAUUAAGUAUCGGGUUUUAUUUAUUUGUUUAUGUACAACUUACGACUUGGUCGUUUUUCGUGUUAUGUGACAACACAAUAACCAAAAAUGUUACACUUCUAAUCUCA